AUGAAUCGUUCAAAAUCUGAGAAUAAGAUGUCCCUGGACGCAGAGGAACUAGAACAUGCAGCAGAGCAUCAGGAACAGCAACGUGUCGAAGUUCCCAAAGAGUCCAACGAGCGUAUCAAGAAUGCAUUUGAUCGCCGACUUCUCCCCAUUGUUUGCUGCUUGUACGUCCUAUCUUAUCUCGAUCGAGGAAAUAUUGGAAACGCCAAAACCGCUGGUGCCAAGGAGGACCUAGGUCUUAGCGACUCUGAAUGGGCCUGGGUCCUCAAUUCGUUCUACAUCUGCUACGUUUGCUUCGAGUGGACCAACCUAUUUUGGAAGGUCCUUCCUGCCAGCAAAUACGUCGCCACGCUUUGUGUGUGUUGGGGAACUGCAGCCAUGUGCUCUGGUGCCGCGAAGAACCUUGGGGGACUCAUUGCCACCCGAGCUCUCCUUGGUGUAUUCGAGGCUGGAUUUGGUGCUGGUGCACCAUAUUUUCUCUCUUUGUUCUACCGUCGUAAGGAACUAGGCUUUCGGGUUUCUCUCCUCCUAGGAAUGUCCCCAUUAGCCAAUUGCUUCGCCUCUGCGUUGGCCUACGGCAUCACCCAUAUCAGAGGCUCGAUGGAGCCUUGGAGAUACCUCUUCAUCAUUGAAGGUGCCCCAACUGUGGCUUUCUCCGUCGUGGCUUGGUUUUUCUUGGCAGAUUCUCCAGAUAAGGCCAAAUACCUGUCUGAAGAAGAUGCCACCUACGCUGUUGAGCGGCUCCAGGUCCGCGAUCGCACCAAGAAGACUGGUGUUCGCUGGAACCAGAUAUUUGCUGGCCUGACAGACUACCAGAACUAUAUCCAUACCGUCAUUCAUUUUUGCUGCAACUAUUCUUUCGCAGGCCUUUCGAACUUUCUCCCGACAAUUGUCCGCGAUAUGGGCUACUCGUCCGUUACUGCACAGGGCCUCACUGCACCGCCAUACUUUCUAGCCUUUAUUUGCUGCGUGCUGGCAGCUUUAAUAAUCAUUGUCCAGGAUGAGUCUAAGAAGGCAACUCGCUAUGCCGCCAUCUUUCUAGCGUCCUGUGGAGUUUUCCCUGCACUUUGCAUCAAUAUCACCUGGCUACUGAAUAAUCAAGGAGGAGACUCGAAGAAGGGUGCUGGACUAGCAAUUUUGGCUACCUUUGGUCAAUGCUCCUCCUUUGUUAGUAGUGUUGUCUUCCCCAGUUCUGAUGGGCCUCUUUACCUUCGGGGCACCGCCAUUGGCUGCGGACUGACCGGACUCAUUUCUAUCCUUGGGUUAGGUCUCCACUUUGCUCUAGAGCGUGAGAACAAGAGAAGAGACCGUGAAUAUGGCCCCGUCGAUGCCGAUAUGGCUGUUGAUGUUACGGAACUUGGCGAUAAGAACAAGAAUUUCCGCUACCUCACGUAAAAUGAUGACGUGUUUCGAUUUGUUGGAAUGGGUGGAAGAUUCGUCCCAUCAAGUUUGCUUUACUCUAGGGUGUGAUCC